CUUUGUCUCUCCAAGAUGCUCCUCUUGCUGGGUCUGGCCAGCGUCCUCUCUGCUGGCUUCUCAAGGGAGCUGAACCGGACCUCCAGGCUGCUGGCGGACGGUACAGAGCAGUGCUCAGCCUGUGAAUUCAGGGAGCACAGCAAGCAGAUGAGACUCUACAGCAUCAAGUCCCAGAUCCUCAGCAUCCUGCGGCUUGAGCAGGCCCCCAACAUCAGCAGGGACAUGAUCCAGCAGCUGCUCCCCAAAGCACCGCCUCUGACACAGCUCCUGGACCAGUACGACCCGCGGGUGGAGGACGAGGACCACGCCACCACAGAAACCAUCAUCACCAUGGCAACCAAGUCAGAUUCCAUCGCAACAGACAAGCUAUCCUAUUGCCUGUUCAGCCUCAGUCCAAAGAUCCACCCUGAGAACAUCCUGAGUGCUCAGCUGUGGGUUCACCUGCGACCCGUCGACAUGGUUACCACAGUCUUCCUGCAGAUCUCACGCCUCAAACCCGACAAGGAGGGAAACAACACCCGGGUCAGAGUGCGCUCUUUAAAGGUCGAUACUGAUGCCGGCACCGGAUCUUGGCAGAGCAUCGACAUUAAGUCUCUGCUUCAGGCAUGGCUGCGUCAACCAGAGAGCAACUACGGCAUUGACAUCAAUGCUUUUGACCCCCAAGGAGAAGACCUGGCAGUCACAUCUGCAGAGCCUGGAGAGGAAGGGCUGCAACCAUUCAUUGAAGUCAAGAUACUAGACAGCCCAAAGAGAUCCCGACGCGACUCAGGCCUAAACUGCAACGAAGAGUCUGCGGAAACACGCUGCUGUCGUUACCCGCUCACCGUUGACUUUGAGGAGUUCGGUUGGGACUGGAUCAUCGCUCCAAAGCGUUAUCGAGCCAACUACUGCUCGGGAGAGUGCGAGUUCUUACACCUGCAGCAGUACCCGCACGCGCACCUGGUAAAUAAGGCCAACCCAAGAGGCACAGCGGGACCCUGCUGCACGCCCACAAAGAUGUCGCCCAUCAACAUGCUCUACUUCAACCGCAAGGAGCAGAUCAUCUACGGAAAGAUCCCUUCCAUGGUGGUGGACCACUGCGGCUGCUCCUGAUGCACACAACGCGCAACAGUACAGUUUGGUAGCAGCACUCGAUGCAACGAUUAGAUGCAGUUGUGGAUUUGUAGAGUUUUAAAAACAACACAGUAUCUGUUUUAGUGCAUUUAGUUUUGCACAGGUCUGUGAGCCACACUCGGCUGUGACGGACCCCUGCUACUUCCUGUCCCUUCUGUCUGAUUUGAGCUUUGGCCAAAAGAAAGCCUGCAUGAUGUCUAACAUGUGCUUUCAUUUGAAAAACACUGAACUGAAUGCCCUUUCUUUCCCUGCGCAUGUUUGCAAACCCCUCACUGGGAAUCACAUGCUAUUAAUUUAUCAGGACAUUUAGAAAGGUUGUGUACGAUUUAUAGCAUAAUAUAAUGUAUGUAUGUAUUGUAUACGUCAUAUGCACAUUAUAGGAAAACACAAUUCCCUGUAAUGAAAUUAUUUUUUUUGCUGUCCACAACAUGAGAAAUCAUGUCAACAAUAUCUUGAUUUCAUGCAUGAUAAGGUCAGCUUGAUCCGUCAGAUCAAACAGAGAAUGAUCCGUCAUUCUCUGUUCAUUUGCUAGCAAUAGUUCGGAUGACGGGCAAAAUUUAAAAAAAAAGUGAUGUUCCCCUUUAAAAGCGGAUAUUUUGGCAUUUAUUAUCAACUCCUAUGUUGUUUAUCAACUCCUAUAAAGCGGCACAAAUCGGAAGACCUUCUAAGCACUCAGGAGUGUGACCAACCACAGUGGACUAGGUGUGCCUGGAGGUGGGGUGUUGGUGGAAUACAUUAAAAGCAGGAAGCAUGAAAUCCAAGAAAUACAACUCAAUAGAUGCAGAUUCUGGAAGAACUAGAAAGUAUUCUGUGCUGGUUAUUGUGUGUAGCUGCUCUACAGGAGUCCACAACUCAAUACAAAGGCCUGAAAAAUGAGUAUAAUAGGUCCCCUUUAAGAGAGUUCAGCUCAAAAAUACCUCUGGUGAGUGUAUGUACAUCUGGGUGCAAAGUAUAUGCGCAGUGACGAUAUAAUGAUGCAGUUGGCUCUGAUGCAAAGGCAAUCUCUCUUUCAAGCAAGUGGGGGUGUUGGAUUUGAUGCUGCGUGCAGAUGUCCCGGGUGUUGUUGUUGUGCUUCCUGGGGAUUUCUGACCCAAACUAUUGGGACACAGAGUCCACAAGAUGCCCAUUACUGUACUGACCUCGAGUUCACAUUUCGCACCAAAGAAGUCACUGCACUCAGCUAACUUUAUACUCAGCAAGUCACCAAGCAGAUGGGAAAGGGAAACCUUAUGACCUUCUUUCGUUAAACAGUCUAUCCCUUCAACACAUUAAAAAAUGUAAAAUGAC